AUGGCUGAUUUUAAUUCUAGUUUUGAUAUGCCGUCAGUUAGUUCAUCUGAAAACGCCGAAUCUGCGGAGCUCCAGCGUCUGAUUGCAGUGGAGCAGCAGAAGGCUCAGUUUCAAGCGCAGGUUCACAACUUUACGGAUGUUUGCUGGGAUAAGUGCAUGGACAAACCGAGCUCUAAGUUGGAUUCACGAACUGAGACUUGUCUCGUUAGCUGUGUGGAGCGUUUCAUCGACACGACGCUCUCAAUCACCAACCGCUUUACGCAGAUGGUCCAGAAGGGCGCGCACUGAUUGAAGGACACCGUCCUCAAGGACAAGUAGAACAUAUUCUUUAUGUUUCUGGUGUACGUUCUGGAGACUGUUUUACUGCUCUUUAAGGGUCGGAUUAACCCUUUUCCUCUGUCGGAAUUUUUUUUUUCCAAAGCCCAUCCUCAUAAUGUUUAUGAUAUGUGCAUAGCUGAUCUAUUAAUCAGCCUGCAACGAACGAUUACGUUUGCUGGAAAUUAUCAGUACUGGCAGUUUCCAGUCACUACCCACAUCUGUAAACCUGACUGGCUUGAUUGUGACUUUAAAUAAAUUAUACAUUUCAAAUGAAUAAA